AUGGAGGCUGAGGACUACUUUUCCGCAUAUGAUGCUUUGCAUGUGGGCAGUUCACCAGUUCGACGUUUGGAAGUACGUUUGCGAAAUGUCUCAAGCAUUAGCAAAGUUGUUUGGUCGUCAUUUGAUUUCAUGUGCGGACCAGAACUCAAGUUUGUUUGGGAGAUUUCACCGUCUUCAUCUGUAUCUCCGGUAAAUUUGAGUGGAGAAGAAGGCUCUGUUAACGAUGCGGAAAGUUUGGAUUCUUCCGUUUCAACGCAAUCUGUCCAGUUUGAGGAUAUCGACGACCCUUUGCAGACUGCAUUGGAAAGCGCCUCGGGAUUAUACGAAAGCAUGAUCAUGGACGACUCUUUGUAUCAUCAGUACCAUCUCUCGAGUCGUCUCGGUGGAUAUACAUUUCAAGAGUUGCGUUAUCUGGACGAGUUCAUGGUCGACAGCAGUUACAGCGGCACUGACACAAAUUCGACAAUGACAGAUUCAAGGCUGCAGGAACGUCCUGCCGCUGUACGAUCUACUUCAUCUGCUACCACAUUAACCAAGGGGAGUAGUUCUGAACAGCUGUUAGAAGCGAAUGAAGAGGCGGAUGAUUCAGCUGGACCGAUUGAUCCAAUGGUUGGCACUCCUAUGGAGUUGCUGAACAUCUCCAACUUGCUGUCUUCAGAUCAAACUGGGCUCCGUCAAAGUCAGGAUACAACGGAAACAGCUACAUUGCCAGAAAGGAACGCGUCUGGUAGUUCUACCACUGGCGGAAAAACCAGCACAUCAUCAUUUACAAAACUUUCCGAUGAAGAUGCGAACAAUCCUGACAGAUCUGUGGAAGGGAGUGGUGAUGUAGAUGAAGAAAAGACCACCAGUGCGCUGGUCACUUCGUGUGUCGACUCUGGGAUUGGAGGCACAAUAUCUACGCAUAGCGAGUUAAGUGCAUUGUGCUUGUCCCCUUUAGCUGAAUCUUCUCCCAAAGAUUUAGCGAAAUCUUCCCAGAGCAGUUACGGAGGGAAGAGGAAUCGUUUAUCCCACGAAUCAGCUCCAGACUCAUUGGACGGGGACGUGGUGUCUUUUCUUGAUCUUCCGUUAGAUGUAGCUGGCGAUCAAAUUAGUGACGAAUUUUUCGUCGCGAAAUUUGUCCUCGCUGAGCAAGUGUUCAGUGUUCAACUACCAUCCAACCCUCUAAUGCAUAAGAUGAAGGUGGUCCCGUCGAGAAGUCUGCUUGUUGGUUCUUUUAUUUUCUCUACUCAAGGAUCGGGUGGAAAUAAAACAAUACAUGCGAUUUCAUUCUUGAUGAAUAUUCGAAAGCAGGAAUGGUACAUGGAGAGGCAGCAGUUUCUUGAAUCUGUUGUGCUUGACGUUGUUCCGCGAUUGAAAGCGUCGAUGGUGGCUGAAGACUGGGAUGAUGUAGUGAUAAGGACUAACGUUGAAUUGACACGCUUGAUGCAUUUACUUACAGUUUUGGACCGCUACCCGCUAGUGUCCGAGUCCCGCCCGCUUUUGAUUAAAAAUACACUGUUGACUGGAAAACGUUGCUAUAACGACAAAGUGCUAUGCAAGGCCAUAUCUGGUGUCUUACAGAGUCAGGGACAAUGCGUCAUAAUAGGAUCAGACAAUCAUUACGUAUCUCGAUUGUUGCACACCCUCGCUGCGUUCCUUCCUGAGCAGUUACGAUGGUGUUGCCCACGUAUGUAUCGCCAUAAAUUCAAUCCGUAUCUCAGGUUACAGGUUGUGCGUCGGUACGAGUUGCCGUAUCUCAUGCAGUGUGGUGCACUGGCAACAUGGCCGUUGUGCGUGGUGGAUGUGGAUCGCGCUACUGUCUGCAUGUCUGCUCCUUACAGUCGACAUCGCGUUCUUAAGCGGAGGGCAGAUGCACAGCGAGUUGACAUCGUUUUGCAGGGCUCCAUUAAAACCAAAGCUGUUACGCUUGAAAUGAGUUCUUGUCGCAUACUGGAUUGUGUGAAAACGUUUCUCAGACGUGUCGAUCUCCUUCCUGUCGAGGAAUCUGCCAGAAUGGGACUCGUCAAUCAAUUACUUUUAUACGUUGAAAAUAUGGCGCGUGCACUGAUCCUGUAUGUGCAACAUGCAAGCGAGCCUUUGCCCACGGAGAAGUCCAUUCCAGCGACCAAAAGUUCUCGAUUCUCUUUGAGUGAAUGUAGAAAGGCGCUAGACCUUCAGUCUGACGGCUGGUUCCACGCAGUUUUAGCUAGGGCCGAACUCAUAGUUCCGGAUAUAGCUGAGUUCAUUUACAAUUCAGAUUAA